AUGAGAUCCUAUAUGAUAGUCAGAAUGAAGAUAUCAUAUCUCGAGAGCCUGUCCAACCAGUUAACGCCAGAAAGAAGGAGAAAAGCUGAUAAAAUUGAAAAUUUAUUGGACAUGGCUUCAAAGUCUUUGAUAAGCUUGACUGAGAAAGAAAAUGUUAUUCCAAAUAUAUUGGGAGAGCAGAAUCAAUUAUUUGGAAAAAAUAAUCAGUUCACAUGGUCAAAGGAACUGGAAAUGAAACUAGUUGCUCUCUAUGAAAAUCACCCCUGCUUAUACCGGGUGACAUCCAAAGAUUACCACAAUAAAAACAGAAGGGAGAAGUCUUUCCAGGAGAUUGCAGUUGAAUUGAAUGAAAAUUUUAUUAGUACUUGUAAUAUUCCAGAGUUGUCUGGUCCUCAGUGUAUGUCAAAAUCCAAUGGUAUGAAGAGAACAUUCAAGGCUAUUAGUGAUCAUAACUCAAAGUCUGGUAACAAUCCUAGAUCAUGGCCCUACUUUGAGCUCAUGCAAUCACUGAUAGGUGAGCAUCCCUUCAUGCAACCGAUUGCACUGGCAUCCUCAUCCAGCUCCAAUGUGAAGAUUAGGACAGCCAGUGAAUCAAGUCUAGAGGAAAACGAUGAGUCUCGGAAAUCAUUGCUUCCAAAGAAGCGCAAGGCCAGUGAAGGACUCUCAGAAUUAACAGCAGCCAUACUAGAAAGCCGCCGAAUUGCAGAAGAACAGAAAGAUAGAAGGCAUGCUGAAAACAUGCAAAAACAAGAGUCUCUGCUCAGUAAAAUUGAUGAAUUAAUAAAGAAGUUAUAG